CAACACUCUACACGUUUGUGUUUGUUUGUGUCAGGCGUGCAUGCUUGUAGGCUUAUACAUAGGCAGGGGAGAGCAGCCUGCAUGGAAUACCUACUUGUGCAGUCAUUCUUUUGUCCUCGCAUCAGCAGCAGCAGAAGGCCAGGACAGAAUAACUUGAUUCUGGCUUUGUUACGGCUUUUCUAAAUAGUUUUCCAGAAGACCCCAUCAGAGAGAGCAUUAGUUUAUCUAUGUAUGAUACAUUGAACUGUGAACACUCUGCUAACAUCAGACCAUGUUGUAGACAUGUAUGAACGGGGGAUAAGAGAAGAAAGCAGAUUACGUGCAGCUGCUGUGAGCUUAUAUUCUAUUUUGCAGUAGUGUAUAUUAUAUAUUUACUCAUUUACUCAAUUAUUUUUCCAAAUAACAGACCAAUGCGUGUAAGUAUAAUAUGUCUUUAAUAUCUGCAGAAGGCAGUAAGAGUGUUCAUGUACGAAAAAUAAAAAGCUUAAUAUGUCUUUAAUGCGGAACUGCUUGUUUCUCGCUGAAAUCUGGAUGAAUUAUUUUGGACCAUCUUCAAAACCUAGUUACCAUUAUUUUAUAUCAAUAUGGGUGCAUACUAUAUAAGUCCUCUUUUCUCGAGAGCAGACUGCAGCUCAAAUCUUAUUGCCUAUAGCUGGUGUAAGAGAGUAAAGCCUCAUUCCAUAGGUAUAUAUUGUACUUGAGUUUAAAGGAGUACUCUGAUCUAAAAAAAUAUGGCACCAUAGCGAAGUGUACUUGAUUACCUUUCAUUAGAGGUCCUGCUCGCCAAAAUCGGUCCAGCAGUUCUCCUGCAAUCAUCCCCAGUAUUUUAGCAUACUUCCGGGUACUGUAAGCAUGGCCGUGACGUCAUGAAUGAUGUUUUCCCAGCAUCCUUACUCCUCUUCUUCCGCUCCCAACCCCUCCCUCACUCCGGUUCCCAACCCCACAAAUUAUGCAUGCGUGCUUCAAUCUCCCUUUACUCCGAUUGCUAGCGUAACUAGCUAUGUGAAUAUAACUGCGGCGUAACUCUAAGUUAUAUUAUUGGACGUGGAGAGAUCACAUGUCCGGUACGGUCAGGCUGCUGAGUGCGCAGGCGUGCCUCGCGCAUGCUGAUAGGAGGAUAGAGGGAGAGGAGUUUACUCAGCAGAGCGAAUAGCUGCUGAGUAAACCAGGGGGUUUAUGAAUAUUCAGAGGUGGGAGUGAACAAGCGGCACUAGUGGGGGCUGGCAUAACUCGGGGAGGAACAACACCAUGAUGACGAUUCGUUCAAAAGAUGGCUGCGGCACUUCCGGAAUCGCUAUAAAACAUGGAUGGCUGCAUGUAUUACUGAGGUCUGUAAUGGAUCUUCAUGCCAUGUUUCACAUACAUGAAAAGAACGCACAGCAAAAACUAUUGCAGCAAGAAUCCAAUCCCAACCAGAAGCACAGAGAACGCAUUUUUAGACCGAGGAUAUCCCUUUUUGGAUUAAAUGAAGAAGAAGUUAGAUCUAGGUAUCGAUUUAGCACUGAGGUUAUUAUUGAGUUAUAUGAACAGAUUCAGCAAGACAUAGAGCCAAAUUGUGAAAGAAAUCAUGCUGUACCAGGAAUGGUAAAACUGCUGAGUGCUCUACAUUACUUCUCUUCAGCAUCGUUUCAGGGUACAGUGUCAGCUCUCUCUGGCAUAUCCCAGCCUAGUUUCAGUCGCCACCUAACACAGGUCCUAAAGGCCGUAAACAAGUUAACACCACAGUAUAUUGUUUUCCCAUCAGAUAAGGCAGCUAUCCAAAAAAUAAAUGAUGGCUUUUAUAAAAUGUCAUCUUUUCCUAAUGUCAUGGGGAUAAUUGACUGUACACAUGUUGCUCUGUCACCUCCAACAGAAGAUAUUUACAGAAACAGUAAGAAUUUCCACUCAUUAAAUGUCCAGAUGGUGUGUGACUCUGACAUGAGGAUUCUUAAUUUGGUAGCAGGGUACCCCGGAUCCACCCAUGAUUCCUAUAUCUUAAAACAUUCCAGUUUACAUACAAUUUUGGCUUCCGGAAACCUUCCAGAGGGUUGGAUUUUGGGUGAUGAUGCAUAUCCAUUGACUGAGUGGCUGUUGACCCCAAUCAAAGAACCUAAAACCAAAGCAGAAAAGCAGUACAAUUCUGCACACAGAGCCGCUCAUUCUGUCAUUGAACGCACUUUUGGGUCAUUAAAAAGCCGCUUCCGAUGUCUGGAUCGAUCUGGGGGUGUUCUACAGUAUUCUCCAGAAAAAGGAGCCCAGAUUAUCCUGGCAUGUUGCAUUCUGCAUAACCUGGCAGUCAGUCGAAAACUGGAUGUUGAUAUUGUUGAUGAUUUAGAAGUGCCACCUCCUGUACCACCAAUAUCAAAGGAUGAGAAUACACAAGCUGGAAAACAGGCCAGAAUUAAGGUGGUUAACAGAUACUUCACAUGUAGAAAACUCCAAGGAAGACAAAAUGCUAUACACUUCAAGAUACAUUUUAUGUACUACAGAAUACAUUGGAAUAUAUUUAUAAAAACUGGUGCAAUGGAAAAUUGGAGGAGUUGUCCACAGCAAGAUCUUCAGUAUAUUGGAAAAUGAAAGAAAUGUAAUUGGUUGUUUUUCCUGUGCAUUAUUUUUGAAA